AAGCUGCUCUCGCGAGACUUUGGUACAGCAGUGGGAUUUUGGAAAUUAAGGGUUGUGGCUGAGGGGGUGACAUAACAGGAAUUCCUUAAUAUGAGUGAUGAUAAACCUUUCCAAUGUACUGCUCCUGGGUGUGGACAGAGAUUUACAAAUGAGGAUCACUUGGCUGUCCACAAACACAAACAUGAGAUGACACUGAAGUUUGGCCCAGCGAGGAAUGAAAGUGUCAUCAUUGCUGACCAAACACCUACACCUACCCGCUUUUUGAAGAACUGCGAGGAGGUUGGACUGUUCAAUGAACUUGCAAGUCCAUUCGACCAUGACUUCAAAAAAGCGACAGAAGAUGACAUUAAAAAGUUACCAUUGGAUUUGUCACCUCUUGCAACACCUAUCAUACGCAACAAAACUGAGGAACCCACAGCUAUGGAGGCCCAUCGAGAUAGCCCUCUGCCUCACCCUGAAUCUACCACGAAUGAUGACAAGGAAUUAUCUUUGCAGCCUGCCUCACUGCCAACAUCCACUAUAGUCCAUCCUGCAUCCCUCCAAGUUCCCAAUGUACUCCUAGCAACCUCAGAGGCUAAUAUUGUAAUACAGCAAGCUCUUCCAUCACCAACAUCUAGCUCUGUUAUUACCCAAGUCCCAUCCACUAAUAGGCCUAUAGUCCCCGUAUCUGGCACCUUCCCUGUGCUCUUACAGCUGCCUAAUGGCCAGACCAUGCCAGUUGCUAUACCUGCGUCUAUUACAAGCUCAAGUGUACAUAUUCCAACUGCAAUCCCUCUUGUCAGACCUGUCACCGUAGUGCCUAACGUCCCCGGGAUCCCAGGACCUCCCUCUCCACAGCCACAGCCCGUCCAAUCAGAAGCAAAGCUGAAUCUGAAAGCCACAUUAAGCCAGCAGCUUCCUCAGGUAACCAAUGGAAAUGGUGGUGAAGUGCAGAGCAGCGCCAUAACCCACACUGCUGCUCCCGCUUCUCCUGCUCCGACCCCAACACCAACUCCAGCCCCGAUCGCGGUCCUAACUCCAGCUCCGGCUCCUCACCUGCCCACAACUGAGGAACCUUCUCCCCAUUCCCUUCAGCAGCCAGCCACCUCCACCACAGAGACACCUGCUUCCCCGGCACCCCCUGCGCAAAACCCCCCAAGCACAGGGGGUCGGCGGCGCAGAACCACAAGUGAAAACCCUGAUGAGAAGCGGCGCAAGUUCCUGGAGCGUAACAGGGCUGCAGCCUCUCGCUGUAGGCAGAAAAGGAAAGUUUGGGUCCAGUCUCUGGAGAAGAAGGCUGAGGACCUCAACUCCAUGAACGGACAACUACAGAAUGAAGUCACCCUGCUGAGAAACGAAGUGGCUCAGCUGAAGCAGCUUCUUCUGGCUCAUAAAGAUUGCCCUGUAACCGCCAUGCAGAAGAAAUCUGGCUAUCACAUCUCUGACAAAGAAGAGAGCUGCGAGGAGAUGUCUGUCCCCAGCAGCCCCCAGAACGAGGCCAUCCAGCACAGCUCCGUGAGCACCUCCAACGGGGUCAGCUCCUCGUCGUCGGCCCCGUCCGCCUCGGCCCCGUCCAGCGCCUCCACCACCUCAUCACACCAGAGCACAGAGGAGACCCAGUCUCAGCCUUCAGGGAGUUGAUCGUCCCAAACUGUGCCCGAGCCUCAACACUGGAGUGCCGUUGCCUCUUCAAUCUCUCUGACAAACGGAGGAAGGCGAUUUUCCCCAGGCUUCAGUUUCGUUUUUAAUUUAUUAUUUUAUGUUGGAUCAAUUUUGUCCUCUGUUGGCAAUGCUUUUUAAAAAUGCAAAUGUUUUCUCUGGUAUUGAUGAAGACAAAAGAACAGGCACUUUAGGUGAAAGAUGUAAAACAAGUGGUUCUAAAAGGUUUUUGUGUUAACUAUUUAAUAAUCAUAUAUAAAAUUUGUUUUUUAAGCAAUCAGCCGGAAGGUUUGAUCAGUGAAUUGUUUGAGACUUUACAAAAGUAUGAUGUGGUUCAUUUGUAGUUUGCUUAAUUGUUUUCAUGACUUAUAUAAGCACUGUCUUUAUGAUAGAGUGACAUAAAGUGCAGUCACUGUUGUCAUGAUUUGUUUUUUUCCAUUUUGCACAUUUUGAGAAAUGACAGGUUUACCUUUUUAGAGUUUUGACAGUCCAAUUGUUAAGUACUGGCAGCUUUUUAGAAGUAGAUUUCAAUACUGUCACAUUACACAAAUGUUAAAUGGCUGAAUCAGAUUAUAAAUUUGACAACUUUUCUGUGAGUGAAAUCAACUGUAGUCGCAUUGUUCAGUUUGAAUGUUUGAGCUCACCGUGGCUUGUACAAAUAGUCUUAAAGAGGUGGUCUGGUUACAAAUGUGUGUUAUUUCUUUAACAUUCCACCUGUAGUCUGAUUGUUCCUGAAGCAGUGAUUGUAGGAUUGCAGUACCUUUUCCAUUACUCAAUCUGGUGACUUCAUUCAGUGCCAUUAAUGUUUUUGUAUGAAUUACUUCUGUACAUUUCUAAUGCAGAUUACCUUUAGUUGAUAGCUGUUCUCUCAGAAUAAGGGUCUCAUGAACAUCAUUUCUCAGUAAGGAAAUUUCUUGCUUUGUGAGUGUUUCUGGCUUUAAUACAGAAAACAUUUAAGGGCAAUAUGUUGUUUUAAUGAUUUUUAGAAAACCUUGUAAAUAACAAUGAUACAUUAUAUGUGAUCUUUCUAGGUGUUAUGUACUUUUUUUUUUAUAGAAUAGUCUGGUUUCAGUAGCUAACCCUGUUGAUCACUUAAACUCUCUUAGCAGUUGAUCGUAACAAUGUUUCAAUCAUUAGGAUAGGCCUCUUCCUGACUCCAUUCAUUUUCAUGUAAGAAUAAAGCAUUCAGAUGUGAACUGGAAUCACAUCAUGUAUAUUAGAGUAACACUACUACCGCCUGUAAGAAUUGUAAGCAUUUCAUCAUUGCAUAGGGAGGAAAUCACACCAUGAAGUCAAUUUGCCUUUUCUCUUAGUCUGUACUAGCUUACUACUGUGUAGUUUUAUGAGAACCUAACACAUUGUUUUCUUAAAGUAUGAUUUUUUUAUUUUUUAUUUAUUUCAUUAUGUGCUGUCUGCAUGAGAUAAUAAUUCUCUGCGAGAAUUUAACUGUUUAUUCUAUAAUGUCUCGGUCAGAUAAAUAUUAAACAAGUUGGUUCAACUUGAGUUGAGGCUCUAAGUUUAUGAAAGCUUUGGUUAUUUGUUGUACCUCGGCUUAACUGCUAAAAAAGGAGUGUGAUACUGUGUUGAAAAUGUACUUGUAACUUGUGAAAGUUCUGUAUAAAAAUUUAAAUUGAUAAGUUGUUGUAAUAAACCUUUUAAUAUGUCUUUAAAA